AUGAGACAUGCUACAUCAUGGCGAAAGAAUCAAUCAGGAGAUGACGCUUUCGGCAAGCCACUUGAAACUUCGAGCACAACGACCACCGUCUACGCCGUGCUACCGUUUAUACACUUCUCACCCACAUCAACUAACACUAUUCAUAUUAAAUUUCAAAAUAUACUUCAUCAUCGAGGUGAAAUCACGCAGAUUAUUAUUCUCAUCAUUCUUAUUAGCCAGAAGUACAACAAUUCCUAUCAAAACAUCUACUCAAACGCAUUCAUAUAUAUUCGCGUUUAUCUUUACUAUUUGCUUUCUAACAUGCAACAACUAUCAAACGACACCGGCUCCUGGAAUUUAAUCGUCGCACCAAUUCCGUCGUCUUUACUCUAUAAUUCGAAUGCCUAUGAUACAAUUUCACACAGUAGUGCAACUCUUGACAAUAUCCAGACGAAAAUAUCCUCCCUAAUUACUCCACAAGCUGACACAGUCGAAGCUAACUCUGUUAAUUACUGGGCAUUUGCAUUAAUACUCUUCCCGUUAUUCACAAUCUUCGGCAAUGUUCUUGUCGUUAUUAGUGUCUACAGAGAGAAGUCUCUGCAUACGAUCACAAAUUAUUUCGUUGUAUCACUUGCAAUAUCAGAUAUAACUGUCGCUGCUGUUGUAAUGCCAUUUGCGAUCUAUCUUGAAUAUAAUCGAGUAUGGGAACUAUCUGAUCGACUGUGUGACUUUUGGGUUGCAUCAGAUUGUAUGGCAUGUACCGCGUCGAUAUUGAAUCUCGUUGCAAUUGCUGUCGAUCGUUACAUAGCAGUAACAAAACCACUUAAAUACGCUCGACAUAAAAAUCCCAAACGUGUUUCCAUUAUGAUUGUUAUCGUGUGGGUUAUUUCAUUUGUAAUAGCUCUUCCUAUUGUUGGUGGUGCAAACAAGUCCGAUGUUGCCGAUUAUCCACGUGUGAGCGAUCAGUGUGCGUUUUUCAAUAAUAAAUUUCUUAUUUUUUCCUCUCUUGGAUCAUUUUUUAUUCCUUGUAUAAUUAUCUUCGCUAUUUAUUACCGAAUCUUUGCUGUUAUCAUGGCCCAAGCGAAAAAAAAUCGAAAACAAUGGCGGCCGAAAGCGGUCAUUGAAUCCGCUGCCGCUCAACAUCGUACGAACGCCGACCAUUUAGUGACAACAUUUUAUCACGAUCGACAAUCGAUUGGCAAUCCUCCGUCGCUUCCACCGGAAAAAACUUCCUUAACAUUACCGAUUGAUAUCAAUGAAGUAUCCCCAGCAAAGACAUAUGCGUUGGAAACACGUCGUAACAGUCUCAUGUUGAAACUAUCGACUCCCGUACUUGCGCGAACAACAGAUGUCGAAGGCACUCCUACGAAAGUCGGAGUAUCAUCGAGUGAUCCGAAUGAUGAUGAAGAACGUGACGAUGUCACACUGUUCAUUCUCCAUCAACAGACAAACGGCGACAAUAAAACGGAUGUCAAUACUCGAAUUGAACUUGUGACAGCGAAUGCAAGCACCUCAAUGCGUAAGAACUGUAGUUCACAAACGGAUAGUAACCAACAUCGACAUUCGUCAUCGUCGUCGAAACGCGCAAAAACUCGUCUGAAAAUCAAAACUAUCGCUGAUGGCUCCGCCGUGACUGCAGCCGUAAAAUCAUCGACAAAUAACACUAAAGUAGCCAAACGAAAAGCUUAUUCACGAAUGAAGAAAGAACGAAAAGCAACUCAGACAUUGAUUAUUGUUCUAAUUUGCUUCUUGGUCUGCUGGUUACCAUUCUUUGUGCUCAAUAAUAUCGUUAAUACUAUUAUUAAAUUAUCACAAAAAUCCAAUACGUUUCUUAUUAAUGAUUUUAUUCUCUUUCUCUGCUCUUGGUUAGGGUACAUCAAUUCAUUUUUGAAUCCGAUCAUUUAUACUGUGUUCAACUUGGAAUUUCGCAAAGCUUUUGCCAAAAUACUCUUCUCACCAUGUAGAUUUUCAUCGACUGUAUAA